CAACCGUUUCCGCACGCCGCAGGGUUGUUGCUGUGCAUCUCAGGGUGAGAAACAGACGUUCAAUCCGAGUUAACUUUAAUUCAGUUAGCUUUAGUAUUUUUUGACAAGACGUUUAAAGAGCAUAAAUUUACAUUUGUUGUUCAGGGUGUCGCAAGCGUCAACCGCCCUCCGUUAGCUGCUAGCUUGUUAGCAGCGUCUGGAUUACUCGGUUAAUUCAACUGUUGCAACAAAAUAUGCCACAGUAGCAGUGUACUCGGACAACCUUAGAAACAAAAGAGAAAGGAUUGGGGAAAAGCCUGUGAAGGUGGGAUGGAAAAAGCGACAGACAGCACUGUUGAAAAGGGGACAGAUGUGGCCGUAAAGGGUGAAGCUGCCAUCAGACCACAAUUCCUAACAACCAAAGAAAAAUUUCACAAGGUUAUAGAUUCUGAGUGGCAGGGCUCAAAAGGAGAAAAUGCCAGUGAUAAUGGCACAGCUGAGGAGACAAAGGAGACCUUUGUGGAGGAACCUGAAGCUAAAAAGCUCAAACUGGACCCAGAGGAAAGGACUAAAACCGGGAAGCAAGAUGGCAAACGCCUUCGAGGACAAAAUAAGUCAAGGCCACACACUAAGCCUACCGCCUAUGAUGAAAAACGACUGUGUCUCUCAGUCAUUAAGGACAAUAGGGAAUGCCCCUUUGGAGACAAGUGCCACUUUCAUCAUGACGUUGCUGAGUACAUGGCCUCGAAGCCUGCUGACAUCGGGGAAAGCUGCUACCUCUAUGACACAUUUGGAAAGUGUACUUAUGGUCUCUCUUGCCGCUUCGCCAAGGCGCACACUACGCCGGACUUCAAAACCAUGGAGGACACAGAUCUAGUUAAAGCUUAUGAAGGCAGGAACCCGGUGAAGAACAGCCUGAGUAAAGACCUCCAGAAUCGUCUGAGGAAGCGUUCGGUGGCCUUCAAAAAGUCAGCAGAGUACCUGAAAACGCUUUCAAACAACAGAGACAAAAAAGAACAGCAAGGAAGCGGUGAACCUUGUGCAGCUGAAGUAUCUGCAGAUCCAACAGAAGGGGAGCAGCAUGUGUCUACUGCAGCAGAAACACAGUCCAGCCCAGAUAAGCAGCCUCCAGUGAAGACUGUUGGCCCACUGACUGAUGAAGAUGUCAUCAAGUUGCGCCCAUGUGAAAAAAAACAGGUGGACUUUCAAGACAAGCUCUACCUUGCUCCUCUAACAACUUGUGGAAAUCUGCCUUUCCGUCGUGUGUGUAAGCGCUUUGGCGCAGACAUCACCUGUGGGGAGAUGGCCAUGUGCACAAACCUGCUGCAAGGGCAGCAGUCAGAGUGGGCCCUCCUCAAGAGGCACGAAAGUGAAGAUGUUUUCGGCGUCCAGGUGGAGGGCUGCUUCCCCGACACCAUGACGAGGUGUGCAGAGCUCAUCAACAACAACACUGAAGUUGACUUUGUGGACAUCAACUCUGGAUGCCCCAUCGAUCUUGUCUACAAGAAGGGUGGAGGCUGCGGCUUGAUGACACGCACGAGAAAGUUUGAACAGAUAGUGAAGGGAAUGAACUAUGUCCUUGAUGUCCCUUUAACAGUCAAGAUCCGCACUGGUGUUCAGGAGAAGUGCAACAUCGCACACAAACUCAUCCCAGAGAUGAAAAAUUGGGGUGUCUCCAUGAUCACAUUGCACGGCCGAUCCAGAGAGCAGCGCUACACUAAGUUAGCUGACUGGGACUACAUCACCACCUGCUCCAAGCUGGCUAGUCCUGUCCCACUGUUUGGAAAUGGAGACAUUCUGUCCUAUGAAGAUGCCGUGAAAGCGAAAGAGACUGGAGUUUCUGGUAUUAUGAUUGCAAGAGGUGCUCUCAUUAAGCCCUGGAUCUUCACUGAGAUAAAGGAGAACAGACACUGGGACAUUUCGUCCAAUGAGCGACUGGACAUCCUCAGGGAUUUCACCAACUUCGGUCUGGAGCACUGGGGCUCUGACACUCGAGGUGUGGAGAAGACCCGCACCUUUAUGCUGGAGUGGCUCUCCUUCAUGUGCAGAUAUAUUCCAGUGGGAUUGUUGGAGCGAGUGCCUCAGAAAAUCAAUGAGCGACCUCCAUACUACAUGGGCAGAACCUACCUAGAGUCACUGAUGGCCAGUCAAAACGUUGGGGACUGGGUCAGGAUAAGUGAAAUGCUCCUUGGACCCGUACCGAAGAAUUUCAACUUUUUGCCCAAACAUAAAGCCAAUGCCUACAAGUGAUUUUCUUUUUGUCUGACUACUAAAAAAAACAUCCACGUUUUUAAUUUUGUUGUUUGCUUUUUUUAUUGGCUGUGGAGCGUAAGGUUAAAAGAAAGAAAAUCUUUUGUGUUUUAAAUGAUAAAGGCUAUUUAAUAGUCUGUUUAUUUGACCUGUGGUGUUGUUGUAGAACACAUGAGUGUUUGUGUACUUGAAAUAUAUGCAAUAAAGUCUUUGGCCAGAC